CAGACAGCAGCAGCAGCAGCAGUAUCUUGGCGCAUUGGAGCUUAUGGAUUAUUGAGAAGUAAAAGGCUGAAACGCGGAUGAAAUAUUCAUAAGGACUUUUUAAAGAGGAAAACACAGAGUGGGAUAGAGCAGAGAUUCCUGCAGUGAUUCACCUGGCCGCUCCGGCGCUGCGUGCGCACACUGACCAGAGAGCACACAGGCAGCGCUGCUACUAGGAAAGGCUUUUUUGCAUCCAGCGUGUGUGUGCACAGUGUGUGUGAGUGAGUGUGUGUGUGUUUGGAAAGGAGCCCCCCUACUGCAGUACUUUCCUGCUGCACGGAGAGAGUGAUGCCACCGACUUGCUGACAGACGCCCGGGUAGUUCUGCGCACCCCCCCCUCCUCCCCUCCUCCUCCCUUUCCUCCCCGGACGGACGGACUCAUCGACCCCCCCUUCCUGCGAUCCCCCCACUAAUAUGCAAUGGUUUUUUGUGCAGAAGCCGACAGCCGCCGCGUACCGCCGACUUCCCACUAGCGCCGCAUGCCUGUCAGCCGCCGCGGCUCUCCCCGCUGCGCGCGGCCAGCCACGCCAUUCGAAGCGGAGCGCUCGGGGGCUUGAGCCCGGAGACGCGGGGACCGGGGAGGAGAAAAGCUGCAGCGCAGCGGCCGCGCUGCUCCUGCGGGCGCACGGGGACGACGCCGAGGCGGACUGCUGCGUGCGCCUGCUGCUCUCCGAGCUCCUGGAAGAAGAAGCGGGCGAGAAUCCGGGCGAGGAGCCGGGCUUCCUGUUCCUGCUCUUGUCUAUGGUGCAGAUCGGGGGAGCCAGGCACCGCCGAACUGAGCCCGACAGCUGGCCAGCUCUGCUGGCAUGCAAACAGGGGGGUGUAUCAGCCCCCAUGCGGUGGGUGAAUUUUAGGCUGCCGCAUCCGGAGCGCCUGUCGUCCCCCACCUCUUCUUCCAUCCCCUCUUCCUCCUCCUUCUACUCCUCCUCCUCCUCCGCCUCCUCCUCCUCCUCCUCCCCCGUCUCGGCCAAAUCCAUGCGGUUUAUUUGGAACAACAUUUUCAGCAAAGGAUCGCAUAUGCUGCAGUGUCUUUGUGGCAAGAGCCUCAAGAAAAACAAGAACCCAACUGAACCACAGCUGAAGGGCAUAGUGACCAGGUUGUUCUGCAGGCAGGGCUUCUAUCUCCAGAUGGGCCAAGAUGGAAGUCUGGACGGGACCAAAGACGACAGCACCAACUCCACUCUUUUUAACUUAAUUCCUGUGGGUCUGAGAGUUGUGGCCAUCCAAUCAGUCAAGACUGGUCUUUACAUCGCUAUGAAUGGAGAGGGUCACCUCUAUUCUUCGGAACUGUUUACAGCAGAGUGCAAAUUUAAGGAGUCAGUGUUUGAGAACUACUAUGUGAUCUACAGCUCGAUGCUCUACAGACAGAAGGAGUCAGGCCGAGCCUGGUUUCUGGGCCUCAAUAAAGAGGGCCAGGCUAUGAAAGGCAACCGGGUCAAGAAGACCAAACCAGCUGCACAUUUUUUGCCUAAACCCAUAGAAGUUGCAAUGUACCGAGAGCCGUCAUUGCAUGAUGUAGGAGAGGCGGUGCCAAAACUCGCAGGGGGACCGCCUUCCAAAAGCACAACCUGUGAGCCCGUGGUCAUGAAUGGUGGGAAACCAGUCAGCAAACCGGACAAGGAGGGGACAUAACGCCAUCCCUUCCUUCCACCUCGCCCCUGGCGGACCUGAAGCCAGAGAAAGCCACAAACUUGCCCCACUGCUGCGCUCUCAACAACAAAACAAAAAAAAACAAAAAACAAAACUGCAAGAAAAGGUAAUGAAACCAACAAAAGCGAUGCGUUCUGACUGGACAGCAGUGGGGCUUGCAUGUCCCCGGCUGUCCUCCCGCUACUGGACAGUGCUGCGGGGCGAAACCAGAGGGACCGCGCUGCAGUUGGCGGUAGGAAACGACAACGUUAACGUCGGGCUGCUUCUGAACUGGGACAGCGGCAUGCCUUCGUAUGUGACUUCUGAAGAAUAUAAACAAUACAAACAAAAUAUCUGAAAACAUGUCAUGCUCGCACUUUCUUUUUCUUUUUUUUUUGUUGUUGUGAGAAUCCAUAAGAAUGAGUUCUCUGCUGCUUUUCUGUUUGCUGGAGGCCACAGACACACACGCUCCACUCAGAAUCGACCGCUUGGAUUCGAUAUAUAAGCAGAUUAAAAGCAUCAGCAAACACUGGGAGAGGAGAACGUUUUAAACCCUGGCGAUUCCGACGGUGCUUAGUCAUCGAUUAAUUAUCACUUGGAACAGGAUCUAAUGUGCUAAACUUACGAAGAAAUCCACUUAGAUCGUUGCGCAUGAUGUAAACACACCCACAGAGCUCUUUCUCAGUUUGAUUACUCACCAUGUGUCUCUUAUUAAAAGAGAGCCAGUGUUUAAGACUUUAAAGCACUUUUCUUUUUAUAUCUAUUUAUUCAUUAUCUUAUACAUCUACAAACCAAAAUUUUAUUUUCAUAUUAGUCUUUUUCUGUCUCUUUAUGAGUCUUUAGGAUUUUCACAUUCGCCUCCUCAAGUGGCGCUCAGGAGAGGAGUUCAGUCGAUGGAUAAACACAAGCAGAAUUAUUUAAAAAAAGCUGUAGCAACAAAGAGAGUAUCCGAGACGUGCUGGCGUCCUAGCAGCAUGGUAGCAGUCGGUGUUUACAUAGAGUAGCAGAUAUCGUAGACGGGGGUGGAAUCAUAGAUGCAUCCAUAUGUGGGUCUGUGGAUGUAACGCUUUUUUUCUCGUUGCCUUGCCAAGUACUUGAAAACAAAAGUAGGAAUGAGGGUAUAAACAGGGUAAGUGAUGUUAAAGCCACUCUGUGUAGAGUCGAUACAUCUCUGAUUUGAACACUUGGUUGUUUUUAUUUGUUAGAUGUGCAUUUAUCUCUGGAUAUCAGGUUUUUUUUAAACCAUGAGCAGGUCCAGUCCACGAAGCUGAAUCUGGAUUUAGUGAUCUAUGAUGGAUUGGAAUUAUUCAGACCCUCAUUACCACAUUAUUACCAGAGCAAAACCAAUUUACAGAACAUUUAACCAAAGAUAUAAAUGCAUAAAGAAGCAAAAACAGCAGCCAAAAAAAUAAUAAAGCACGUGAACCUGGAAAAAAAUGUUUUUUCCAUAGUUUUGCCACAAAAUAUGGUGAUCUUAGUCACAAUAAUACAAGCUGAUAACACAAAAUAUGUCUGUAUUGAAAGCACAUGUUAAACAUUCACAAUCCUGGAAGGGGGCGUAUGCAAACCCUUCUCACUUAAUAGCUGGUUGAAUCUCUAGUAGCUAAGGGUCAGAGCAGCACUUAGAGCAGGAACAGUUGUUUUCCUCUUUACAGUAAAAAAAAAAAACACAUUUGAAGGAUAUUGGGUAUGAACGAUCUCUCGAGAUCUUCGCAAAGUAGCUCUGAGUUUAAGGUCUCGGCAUUGACACCCCCCCUUUAUGAUGGCCAACUUCCCUGAGGCAGCAAAGCAAGCAUAAAUCAUGAUUCUACCGCCUCCAUACUUCACCACCGGGCCUAUAGUACUGAGUGUUCUUCCCAAAUGAUUAUAGCUUUUGUUUUCUCAGUAGCACUCUGGAUCGCUGACGUGCUUAUUGGCAAAGUGCAGGAACAGAUGCUGGCCAGUUCCAGUAAUGUCUUGAAGCCUCUAACUUCACUCAUGGGUCUUUCUUUACCACAUUCGUUUUAAACCACAGUGCCAAGCCACUUUUUUUUAAUUAGCCUCAAAGUGUGCAAAGUACUGAUUCCUUUACUUUUUCUUGCAGCACGGUGAAUGUUUAAUGGCUGUGUUCAAUAAUGACACAAGACGUUAUAAUUGUGUUAUCAGCUUAAGCAUUUUUUUUGCUUCCUUUUGUUAUUGUGACUUGAGAUGACUAUUGGAUCACAUUUACGGGGAAUUCAUACAAUAGAAACAGAAAAUUUGAAAGGAUCCACAUACUUUUUCUUUUGAGACAUUUUGAGACAGACAAUGCUUCAAGGUAAAAAAAAAUAUAAUAAUUAGCAUCUUCUUAAGAGGGAGAACUUCUUUCAGCAGUAUUGUGAGAUUAUUAAUGGAAAAAAAACUAGCAUUAGUCUAUUUUGAGAUUUUUUUCCCCCUCUUUUAAUUGUUUCACCCAUUUGAAGGUCGAUCACUACAAAGCUCAAUCGGAAAUAAAGGAAUAACCACAUUGGGGAGUAGAGGUAUAAAUUAGAAGCAUUCGGGGGGAAUAAAGUAAAAGCAGCUUAUUUAUGUACCUACGGUCCUUGCAGAAAUAUAGUGGUUACUCCGUCUCUCUGGACAGCAGCUCAGAUUACACGCCUUGUCAACACAGGAAAAAAAAAAGCAUUUAUCCAACGCAAGACUCCGUCACAGCUACACAUAGUGGCUUUAAAUCAGUUUACACGAUGGAUUAUACAAUCAGAAGAGUUUAACAAACGUGGUUUUACAUUGAACACAAUGAAAAGACCUCAGAAAAAGAAACGGCACUCGUGCACGUAGAUUUGUUGUGAAAUCGAGAAGCUGAAAUAGGGUUCUGCGUGAACCGUGGAGAACUAAAGAUAGAAAAUCAGAAAGAUUAACCCAGACUCUCACUGUGAAAGUCAACAUGGCACCAAUCUGUUCUGGGAUCAGACUAUAUGUUUACUCAUCUGUCUUCGAUUGCAAGACGAGCCGCCAAUCAACUCCUCCAGGACACUUAGACACAUAUUAGGACCAUGAUCCCCAAACUUCAAAUUAGCAUCUCAGACUAAGAAGCAUGAAAAUCCAAAUCCUCUGCAGGGCUGAGGAUAACAGCACAUCUGCAUUCACACAAUGAAAACAGACGCCGUGCAUCUAUUUAGUUCUGAAUUUUUGGGGGUAAAAUUAGCCCUUUGCAUUUUAAUAAGGUUGAUUGAAACACUGUCUUGUUUACUGAAGAUUAAUGACCUCCACCCACUUGCCACGACUACAAAGGGAACAACGAGACAGAGCAGGCUCCCGACAAAAAUCAAGGUUGCAUGAUUCAUUCUCACAUCAAACGAGUUGCCGUCCAAUUCUGUAGCAUCCUCUGCCUCGGCAACAGGUAUGCAUCUGGGAAGCAGAUGAAAUGCUGCCCUGCUGCACACUAAUGCUGUUUCUGUGUCAUAUGGAGGCUUUUUUGGACACCUCGCAGUGUUUCUAAUUGACAUUUCGGAGAUAUUUCUCACACGUACACCACAUUUUUCUCCCCUUUCCCGAUCUUAUUAACUAUUUCUGAAAUCCAUGUGCAAAUAUAUGCGUGACUAAGCAGAUGACAUGAACUUUUUCAGUAUAAUGUGGUCUUUUUUUUUUUUUGUUUUCUUCUUUUUUGCCUUUAAAUGCUGUUUUGAGAGAAAAACAAGUUGCAAAACAGUUUUUCUUUCAAUUGUUUGUCACCAAUCUGCAAGUACACGAGGAAUGUAUGCUUGUAGUUGGAUUAUCUAGGGGGGGAAAAAAAAAAAAUGAUCAGAGUGCCUCUCAUCCCCAGCCAGGGUCAAGACGUGAGAUCCGAGGCGGAUGUAGAUUUCUGUUUCUCAACUCCUCAAAAGUGGUUUGACUCCAGCUGUUCUGUCUAAUGUUACAUGGAAUAACGUGAAAAAGGAAAGACGUCUGGUGUCGUGCUCGUCUCACAUCGAAGAAAUAUGGAUGUAACAUUUAUUUACUACUUGUUGUGCCGCACUAAUGGGCGAAAAAAAAAGUAUAAAAUAAACCCUGACAAUCAGGUAUGUAACCUUUUUAAUUUGUAAUCCUGUGAUGUCUCAGCUGCCUGUGUAUAAGCAGAACCACGUGAGGAAGCCACUUGUACGACUAUUUAGGGAUACGGUUGGCGACAAGGUUCCAAGACAUCAACUGCUCUUCGGUGAAUCAUUUUAAUUUAUCCUACCGUGCUGGAGUGAAAAGAUCAAAUCUGUCUCCUGUCAGAGAGGCCCGGCUUGUUAGAGCCACAGCGGGGUUCCCCAUCCUGUGAAAGCAGUUUUUAAAGAAGUGGGAUAUCUUAAGGAAUUAAUGACGGUUGAGGGGGGGAGGGGAAACUACUGUAGCCUGGCUUCCUGGCUGCUGACCACAUAUACUUGCAUGAUGAUGUUUCCAGGCUGGUGUUCACAGCUCCUGGUCCAAACAACGAAGGCGCAAUUACUGUCAGCAUGUCCUGAUAGAUUCCCUCCACUGAUGGUCAGCCAGGUACCAGGGCUACAAUUAUGAAAACGUCUCGCGGCGAGCUCCGCGGAGGGGAUGGGAGCGGCGGAUUUUAAUUGGAAGUGAGCAAACACAACGAGCCGGGUCACUUUUAAUUUCCACAUACAAGUACCGCGCACGGCAUCGCGGCGGCGGCGGCUACACAUGUAGCCGUCUUGGCUUUGCCCCCGUGUGACCUCUGGCUCCGGAGUCACCGAGUCAAGACACGAUAAGAAAAGAAAAGCUUUUGUGACCCGACCGCAGUGGUGCCGCUGCACUUCAGAGCCACAGGAACAUGUAAUGGUUAGCACUCACGAUGUAGCUGUCUCCCUCAGGUUCUCUCUUCCUCUCUCCCUCUUUUUUUUUCUUUUCUGCUUUAUUCCCUUUUCAAAAGACUCCCUUAUUACAUCUGAAUCCAAAACGAGACAGCUCUCUCCUUCCAGCUGUUUCUCUCUCCGAGCACUCUUAUCCCACACACACCUCAUCCUAUUCUACUUUUCAAUUAUCCUUUGAUCCCCCAAUCUUCUGUUCACUGGAACUAUGCUAGCUUUCAGCUCUCUGCUCGUCGUAUAAUCAUGCAGCCAGAGAACUUCCCACCUCCUCUCUUCUCUUUCGCAACCAGCCCUCUUCUUCCUCCUCCUCCUCCUCCUCCUCCUCUCUCUGUUUGGACCGUUUCCCACUUGUUGCAUGGUUUUUAAAAAGAGGGAAAGAUGGCGGGGGCUAAUGCAUGUGGUAAUGUAGGGCAUCAAAGCAGAAAAAGCACCAGUAUAAUUUUGGCAUUUGGCUCAAUUCUGCCUCCGAUUUGCGCAGGUAGAGAUGUCCUGAUAGCUGAUUCGUACGUGCAGUUUAACACAUUUGAUUCUCUGUAGCCUCAGAAAGAAUUUGCAGAGGCAUUUACCCAUCAUCGCAACCAAAAAGCAAAGCAGGAAUGAAUUUAAAUGACUUCAUAUUGCUAACAUUGUUAUAUUAAUGCAUGUCUGAUUGAAAAUACUUCAGUGCAGCAUCAAUAUUUAAUUCUAUCGGCACCGAGCAAGAAAUGCAUGAACAAGUUGUACUUGUUUUUUUUAAUGCCUUGUGCUUUAAAAGGGAAAUGUGAGACCUCCUGAUUAAACAUCCACCUGAUUUUGUUUUUCUCUUGUAUUUUAAACACCUUCCUUCAACAAAUUUGCAUAGAAAACUUAAAAUAUCCACCUUGGGCCUUGUCUUACGGGGUCAUGCGGCAGGCUGGGUGGGAGCUGGUGUCAGAAACACUAACGCACGCCUGUUGAUAUCCUCUCUGGGCAAACCAUUCCAGCUUUGAGCCAAACGCUAACCGUGACUGGUGCCAACUUCAAAGGAGAUUGCUCUGUCUGUCAGUACAUGUACAGUUACCUUUACCUAUAUAUUAUGCAAACAGUUUGUCUGCACUGUACAGUUUGUGUCCAAUCCAUUGUAUACACACAAAAGACAAUAUUGAAUAAAGGAUUUAUAGA